UCGGAAAGUCGAAAUGUUGAAAAGCCCCCUAAAAAAAAAAAUCGAAAAGCGGAAAAGUCCCAAAAUCGAAGCGGCGCCGGCCGUCAACAACAAUUGUUUCCACUUCGCAUUUCGCUCACACGUCGCUAACGUUCCGCGAGGGCAACUUCACAAAUAAUACAUUGGACGUCGUGCCUUAGGAGGCUUUUAUUUUGAAGUUGCCCCUCGCAGCGCAUUACCGGAAUGCGCGGUGUCAAACCCAAGGCCCGGGGGCCAGAUCUGGCCAAGCAAAUCCUUUUAUGGGGCCCACGAAAGCAAAUGAUGUUUGUCAACUUCCAUGAUUCUGGCUCAAAUCUGUACGGAAAUGUCCAAAUAGUCACAUGCGGGAAAUGUUGUGCAACUGCAAAAGCAUUUUUUUUUUUGGGGGUAUGAUUCCCAAACCCCUUUUUACACUAACUUGAAGAAAAGCUGGAUUAUGACCUCAAUAUGUUCUGUCUCGGUAAGAAGGGGGCUGAGCCAAUUCAACAUUUGUUUGGUUUUUACGGUCCUAACGGCCCCCGGAAGGAAAUUGUACCGCCGACAUAAAUAAGUAGGACACAGUCCUCGCAGUAACGCAAAGUAUGAACAAGUGUCGCGGCGACCGGCUUGACCUUUGGACCGGAGGCCGUCCCGACUGCAGUCCUUUUUCAUACGCGCAUUCCAUGCCGCUUUGGACAAAGAACGUUUCUUGUUCAGUGUUUUGCCCCGAAUCCAAACAUGUCCGCAAAACGCGCGAGCCUCCUCACGUCCGAUUCUCGCUCUCCUUUCUCGUCUCGGCACGACUCGCUCUCGUCAUUCCGCCGAGCGAGUCGGGCUUGUUAUUCGGGCAGCUUAAUGGCGCCUUAACCGUGCGUUCGCCUCUGGUUAGGAAAGGGCUCGUGUGUGGCACGGCACACCCGAAGAGCGCUCACGGCACGUUGCUCGCCGGUGUGUUGCGUUCAAAGAAAUGCAUUCGAAUCUCGGGGGGGGGGUCGAGACCGGGAAACGGCACCGACGUACCGAAACCCGGCUCGACCGCUCCGGCCGGCACCCGCUACCGCCAUUUACCAUUUAAACAAACCCAGAGGUACCGUGACGUCGUCAGUCACGCGUGCAACGCUCCUUCCGCUUCCUGCUUUCGCUCGUCGACAGGAAGCCACGGUCGCCGUGGUUACAAGCCGCACGUCAUGUCGAGAAUAGGAUCACAUGAUCAUGUCAUGUGAUAUGAUCACGACGUCAUACACGUCCGCUCGUCAGUAGCAAUGAUUGACAUUAAAAAAAGAUAAAUGAUUAAUUCCGUGCAAACACUUGCAGUCUUUUUGUAUGCGUGCGAGUGCGUGUGACGGUUUUUAUAUGUGCGUUUGUGUGUUCUGAGUUGAUGUGUGUAUGUUUAUGUGUGUGUGUGUGAGCGGGUGUGCGCGUGUCGCCGCCGGCAGAGGAUCAACAUGGAAAACGAGACGAGGAGACGUGAUGAAGAGGCGCCGGGAACCGAGCGGAAAAAAGAAAGAGAGAGAGAGAGAGAGAGAGAGAGAGAGCGCCACAGAGCGACAAAGGGAGGAGCCCGCCGACAAACACGAGCGCACGUCCCAUCGGCCGCAGAAGAAGAAAAAGAAAAGACCAAAGCGGAAAGGUCCGACACGCUGACGCCCGGCUGCCGAACUUCUCUCGGCGGGGGGGCAGCUGAGGAAGAGCGGCGGGCUAGGAGGAGGCGAGCGCGCGAGAAGAGACGCCGACCCGUCAGGAAAUAUCACGGCGGAGGCGAGCCGAGCGACGUUAGGCGGCGAGCGGCGCCACUCGCAAAAGCGGACGGGAAGAGGACGUCGGGCGGCAAACGGAAAAGCGACCAAAGCUCCCGGCCGGCCGACGCACAUCUGAUGAAGACGACGACGACGACGACGACGACGACGACGACCCGCGGCUGAUACGCGGCGACUGCAGCCCGGCGGCGAGAUUUGCGGCGCUUACGCAAGCCGGCGUUCCAGAUGGAGGAAAUCAAGAGCGGCUGACGGACACGUUUGCCUCGGCAGCGUCCGGCGCCGGCGCCUUCUGACCGCGUUCUGCUGGUUUGCGUCGGCGGCUGAGGAUGAAGGACUUGAAAAGCAUUUUCCAGUGAGAGGAAACAGACGAGAGUCGCGCGAUGCGGGCUCUCGCUCAGGGUGCGGCGGCGGCCCGGGUGCCGUCCUGGAGUUCCGUGCUGGUUCUGCUGGGCUGUCUCCAGCAGAUCCGGUCCGUCCGGGCCGGCGUCCGCGCGACGGGCCGGGACUCCUCCCGCGAGGUCGGCUGCCUGCGCGCGGCAGACAUCCUGAGCUGCGCCGGGCUGGGCCUGGACCGGGUCCCGGAGGACGUGCCCGCUCGCGCGGUGACUUUGGACCUGAGCCACAACCGUCUGGCGGCGCUGCGGGGGCACAGCUUCGAGGGGCUGCCGCAUCUGCGCACCGUACGCUUGGCGCACAACCGACUGGCGAGCAUCCGGCCGGGCGCCUUCCGGAACUCCUCCGGGGCGCUGCUGCGACACCUGGACUUGUCGUCCAAUAAGCUGCGGGCCGUCGAGGCGGCCCACUUCCGGGACCUUCCCGGCCUGGAGGAGCUGCUGCUCUUCGACAACCUCCUGGUGAAGGUGGAGAGCGCCGCCCUGGUGGGAUUGGGCGGCCUGCGCAGGCUCUACCUCAGCCACAACAGACUCCACGAUUUUCCCUUCUCGUCCGUCCGAGAGCACCCCGAGCUGGUCUUGCUGGACCUUUCCUCGAACGGCCUUCUCCGGCUGCCCCUGGACAACCUCACCGGCCUCCCGGGUCGACUCCAGCAGGGACUCUACCUUCACGCCAACCCGCUGGUGUGCGACUGCGCCACGUACCGAAUGUUCCGCCUGUGGGAGCUUCGAGGCUACGCGUCGGUCACGGACUUCCGGCAGAACUACACCUGCCUGAUGUACGGGGUGCGCGGACUCUCCGCGCGCUUCCUCCCCAACUUCCCCCAACCGUGCAACGGCACCGCCGUGACGCCGCAGUCGAGCGCCGUGGCGGUGAAAGCGGGGCGGCCGGCGCUGCUCCACUGUAGCACCACGCUGACCGGGAAGCACGUCAGCUUCUUCUGGGUCUCCCCGGCCCAGGAGUACGUGGCGCCGCCCGGCAACAACGGGUCACUGAAGAUGUUCGCCAACGGGAGUCUGGAGAUCGCGGCGGCCCGAGCGGAGGACUCCGGGGACUACCGGUGCAUGGCCCUCGACCCGGUCGGGAGGCGCAACGAGACGCAGGAAGUGAAGGUGACCGUGGUGACGCACCACGCCGGCGACGAUCACGAGUCCUUCAACACCGGGUUCACCACCCUGCUGGGCUGCGUGGUCAGCCUGAUCCUGGUCCUCAUGUACCUGUACCUGACACCCUGCCGCCGCCGCCCCCCCUGCAACAAGGGGGCCGCACCCGCCGCCAACGAGAGCGCCCAGUCCUCCAUCCUCAGCCCCACCCCGCCCGCCGCCGCCGAGGGCCCGGACCGCAAGGUCAGUACCAACAAACACGUGGUCUUCCUGGAGCCGAUCAAAGAGCAUCAGAACGGGCGGCUCGGGGCGAGACAAGGGCACGCGUGGCCGGGCUCGCUUCCGCAGCAAAAGCUCCGGCGGGACGCCGCUUUCCCGGACACGUCCCUCGUGUCGCCAUAGCGACAUGACUCCGAGAACUACGCCGCCGCCGCCGUCCUGUCUCCCUGCACCUCCGCUUUGCCUUCAAAGUGACUUUUUUCGUCAGCCAAGAACCGACCACACUGUGCCGGGCGGACGACGAGCCGAAACACCAAAGAUGGCCAACGAGCAACUCGGCGGCAGUCGUCGCGGUCACAAAGUCAAACCUCGAAAGCGCGCGUCUACCUUUAUGAACCUUGUCCGCAGAUGCCGCCGGCGUCCCAUUAGCGCGGCUCAAAAGAGAAGCUCGUCCGGCCCGUUGGCUUUCGAUUGUCGAGCAGAACAACAUCGAUAAAAGACGGGGAGCGCUUAGGAGGUUUGCUCCGCUAAUGUUUCGGCCGUGCUCGCCGCAUCGUCCCCGCACGACCUCCGCUUGCCGUCUCGCUCGCUCUGUGCCUAAUAAAGUGCUCCUGACCGCAA